UGCACAGGAAUAAUUAGUAUACCUUAUAUUAUUUAAGUAUUUGAGAGAUACACGUUUGAUACACAGAAUGUAAGGGAUUUGUUCAAUUAAAUUUCCCCUUUUUUUGUAGAUUUGUAGUAUUUUCCUUUCCAACAUUCUAGGUAUUCACUCUCCAUCCCAGUAGGUGGCGGACAUGCACAAAAAGCUGGUUUGGCAACCGCCAUUAAAUAUAAAAGUAGAAGAACAUUGGACCAAUCAUCAGGCUGAAUCUCACGCAUGCGCAACGGAUCACUCAAACGUCCUGGCGGUAAAAACGAAAAGCGAAUGUCAAUAAAGUAUUAACGUAAUAAAAUCAGCUACUGUACCUCAGUAGUUGAGAAUUUAAUAAGAGUGAAACGCCAAUCAUCAAGAUACCGUCAUGUCUCAUAGCAGCGAUUCAGUGCUGUUCUCCACUCUGGGUAAAGGAGACAGCUUACAUCAAGAAGUUUUAGCAGCAUUCCCUCUGUGUCAGAUGACAGAAGAGGAUUUGAUCCAGAAUCCUUUGCUGUGUAAAUUACUGGCCACUCUGUCCCAGCAUGUAGACCGAACUGGACUCACGCAGCAGCUGAAGAAAGAUCUUGAGAAGGCUGAGCGUGAGGUGCACACCCAGAGGUUGGGUUGGCUUCAUGUGGAGAGCGUUUACAGAGUUCUGCAGGAGAUCCUUCAGGAGAAUCGCUUCACUAGAAACUCCAGCACUCCACCAGAUGAAGAGAAGUUUUACAGCACAUUGGAACAGUGUAUGUUGGUGGGGCAAUGCAGCAGACUUUUGAACAGCAGCACGGAUAUCAUUGAAGUUCAUAGUACAGUUCUGGCACUUUCUGUGGACAGAUUAAGAAGACAAUUGCCUAAUGAACAGGAGAUUUUAAAAAUGAAGCAAAGGUUGCCAUCAGAACUGCUGAGACAUCUGAAGAAGAAAACCAUCAACAUACUGUCGUACUAUCAGCCUGACUGUGAGAAUGAAAGCGAAGGUCUCAGAAAUGUAAAGCUUUCCAAACUUCCUGUGCUGUUGGACAGUGAACAGAAGAAAGCAAAGAGUCUCAGUGAGAAGAACCGAGAGAACAUCACAUUACUACAGCGACAGACUCAUGCUUAUCUCUCUGAGCUGCUGAAAUGUAUGAAGAUCCUGCAGUGUCUCAUCCUGGAUCUCCGACUGAAAGCUCAGAAAGAACUGGAUAGAAAAAAGAUUGAGUACUUUGAAGCCAAAUGUGAGAUUGGUUUGCAGAAGAUAAGGGCAGAGAUGCUCGAAGUUCAACUUGACACCUACACGAGAGACAAGAUCGCUGCUCAUAAAAGAAUUACAGAGAAACUGAAUGCAGAGCUGAAAUCUUCUGAGAUGGAGAAACAGACGGUGGAAUCCAAGCUUGCGUCCUUUGAGAUCUAUGGGAAGGAUUUUGAGACUCUGGCUGAGGAAUACUCACGGCUUCAACAGGAGAUCGCCACCAAAUCCUGGGCACUGAAAGAAUUUACCACAUAAAUGCAGGACGUCACAUUUCUUUAGAUGAUGUUGUUAAUAAGUUUGGUUAGCAUGAUCUGUGAUCUGUAGGCUUUCUUUCGCAUCAGAGCAGCAAUUAAACAAACAAGAUGUUAAAGGUAUUGCGGAGGAUUUUCCUCUUCCGGUUGGAUCAUCAAGACUAUUGGUCCUCCUAGUUGUCAAUCAGGAGUGUUGCGCAAUUGCAUUUUUUAAAAAGUGGAGAAGGCGGUUCUUUUCUAAAAUUCGAGAAAAUCCUCCGCUAUACCUUUAAGUAAUUUUAGUGAUAUUUUUGUGCUCCUUUUUUUUUGCCAACGGUAACGGUCCCAAAUCCAUAUAAGCUACACGUUUCUGCAGCAGCACUUGAUGUUUUGUAACUGAAUUUUUUAGCAAAUGUUUUUGGAGUGAGUAAUUCGCUGACCCAUUCAUAAAAACUAAAGGAAAAAGCCUGAAGGAAUUGAUUAAUUAAAGAGCACCAAUUAUCUGAUUCACAAUUUUACAUUUCCUUUGGUGUGUAAGUGUGUAUUAGUUCAUGUUAAGGAUAUGCAAAUGUACAAACCCCAAAUUAAACGAUGACGCGAGUUAA